GUAUUGAUGUGUGAUGAGACCCGUAUCCGUGUAAACAUACAAUUAGGAUGGGAGAAAUUCGCUGUGCAGAAAGGAAGCAACAAUAGGCCUCAUGUCGCCUGUUGUUCUUCUACAUCACUUCUGAUGCAUCUGUUAAAUGUGCAAGAAGUGAUUUCGGAAUCUCAGAAUAACAAAACCCACCUGCAACCAAGAUGCCAGUAUGAUUGGAACGUGGCCAUACCUCUUUCCAGUAAUGUUACUGACAUUGCCGUGGGCGUGUUCAGUGCAGGCAGGUUCAGGCUGCAAGUCAAUGGCCAUCCCGGCUGAUGGUCAGAUGGCAGAACAGGCACAGCAGCGCCACCUACAGGCUCUAUUUGACAAAUACGGGCAAAAUGGGAGUAUUUCCUUAGAAGGUCUGUACAACCUACUAAAGGGGGUGGGGCUAGACCGCAUCCGAAAAGUGAUGGUGCAUCACGACAGCAACGAACACAAUCACACGCACACGCAUGAUCACGCACACGCUCAUGUGGACAAACUCACCAUGCACGCACAUCCUGUCCACAACAAGAAGGGGGUUAUUGACCAUAAUGUGGAAAAGAGUGACCCCGUCCCAAAAGUUCAGUCUGAUCCUGCCUCGGGGAAGAAAAGCCAAUCGGAUGCUCAUCAUAAUCUCUACAUGAAGAUGAAUCAGGACUUGAUCACAACUUUGACAACGCCCUCCUACGUCACAAAAUCACGCCGGACCAAUCGUAGUGCAGACUAUGAUUUAACGCAGGACCACGCCCCCUUUAACUCCACCCAGAGCAAUGUAACACAGUCUAACCACACGCACCAGACUGAGGACACACCCACUCAUGCACACGAUGACCAUGAUCACGAUGGACUUGACCAUUCGAGUCUACCGUGUCAAAAUGCCUCCACAAUCUUGCAGUCACAUGGCAUGACAAAGGAAGUGGGUCUCUCUGUCAAGGACUUUAGUUACCUGUGCCCUGCCCUUCUCAUGCAGAUUGAUUCCAGUUCUUGCCUUAUGCAUGAUGAUGACCAUUCAGAUCAUUCCCAUCAUCACAACCACCACCACCAUCAUCAUCACAAUCACAAUCACACUAAUGGCAGAAGCCCAAGGAAUGCUUCAAUUACCAUUGCUUGGAUUGGAGGGUUUCUCUCCAUUACUUUAAUCAGUUUACUGGCAUUAGUUGGGGUGGUUUUGAUUCCACUCAUAAACAGAGUUUGCUUCAACUUCCUGCUGAGCUUCCUGGUGGCCCUUGCAGUGGGAACUCUCAGCGGAGAUGCUCUCCUCCACCUCAUACCACAUUCUCAGGGUCAUCACCACCAUGGCCACUCUGAGCAUCAUCACCAUGGCGAAGAGAUGGAAGAGGAUUCCCUUCGGCCUGUGUGGACAGGACUCACAGCUCUGAGUGGAGUCUACAUCAUGUUCCUCAUCGAACACUUCCUGACCCUUGGCAAAAUGUACAAAGACAAAAAACAGAAGGUGCAGAAGAGGGUUGAUCUCGUCACAGAAGAUCUGGAAUCUGAGAAACUGCCAUCAUUAGAAGACAAUGACGUCAAAACAAUUGAAGGUGCUGAAACGAACGGUGGAAGUGCACAUGGGCGGGGCACUGCAGAGGAAGAGGAGGUGAUGUUGGGGGCGGAGCUCUACAAUGACAUUGACUGUGAAAACAAAUGCCACUCCCACUUCCAUGACACCGUUGGCCAGUCAAACGAGCAGCAUCAUCAUCACCAUGACUAUCACCACAUAUUGCAUCACCACCACUCCCAGAACCACCACCCGCAUACACACACGCACAGACACACACACUCCUACUCGCUUCAGCACUUCCAGGAGGCCGGCGUGGCCACGCUCGCCUGGAUGGUCAUCAUGGGAGACGGACUUCACAACUUUAGUGACGGACUUGCCAUAGGGGCGGCGUUUACAGAAGGUCUGUCCAGUGGUUUUAGUACCUCAGUUGCUGUGUUCUGCCAUGAGCUUCCUCAUGAGCUUGGUGAUUUUGCGGUCUUACUGAAGGCGGGUAUGUCAGUACGACAGGCCAUCUUGUACAAUCUGCUCUCAGCCAUGAUGGGAUAUUUGGGCAUGAUCACAGGCAUUCUGAUCGGUCAUUAUGCUGAAAACGUUGCCACGUGGAUCUUUGCUCUCACGGCUGGGUUAUUCAUGUAUGUCGCUCUCGUGGACAUGGUACCUGAGAUGUUACACAAUGACGCGAGCGAAGCAGGCUUCAGUCACUACGGCUUCUUCCUCCUGCAGAAUGCUGGGAUACUCCUAGGCUUUGGCAUCAUGCUUAUUAUUGCCAUUUUUGAGCACAGGAUUCAACUUGACAUUGGCUUCUGACCUGAGGACCAUGCAGUAACACCUUUUUCUCUCACUCCUAAAAACAUCACUCCACAAAUACAUCUACUAGUGUUGCUCUUUGUCUUGUAAUUUUGCUUACCUGGUGUCCACUUGUUGAAAUGCCUGAGACCUUGUUUUGAUCUGUGAAAAAGGUGGCAGCAGCCAAUUGUCAUCUUAUUUGUGGCUUGUGGAUGUAAAGACGUAUUUAUGUGUUGACUGUUACAAUUUCAGUAUAAAAGAAACUUGAGCCACAUUGAGAAUGUGGAGGCAUUUUAUUUGUUUGUUACACAGUGUUGUAGAUUAGCUAUUGAAGCUAUUUACAUUUGUUCAUUUUGCACUUGCUGUCCCUCUAACAUUCCAGUAAAGUAUUGUGUCCCAUGA